ACCAACAACUGUCACCUCACCCAAGCGGCAGAUGUGUUCAAAUCGCUUUUUGUUAUGUACACCCAUUUAGCUUCGUCUUAAGAUGUUUAUUGUAAAUUUUGUGUUUAAUUAAAUAGUGCAGUUUUCAAAAACAAUUUAAGGCACAUUAUUAAUUUUAACCAUGGACGAAAGAAUUCGAGUAUAUGAAGAUGAUUUCGGACGUUUGAGAGAUGAGAGAGGGCGUGUUUGUAGAAAAAUACGUCGGGUGACUAUAGUGAACCUAGAAACCUGUAUGAUUGUUCAGGUUAUGACAUAUGGAGCAUCUAUCCUAUCUAUACAAGUGCCAGAUAAAAGGAUCCAUGUUAAAGAACUUGCCGCCGGUUUUGAUACAUCGUAUGAAUAUCUGUAUCAAGGCGAUACAACAUUUUUCGGCGCUACUAUUGGACGCAUUGCUGGUCGCCUCCGCAGUGGCUUUCUCAAACACAAGUUCGUGAAUUUUUCUUAUUAUACCACUCAAAAUUUCCACGGACACCACUGGAAUGGUGGUUAUGAAGGUUUUGACAAACAGCACUGGUAUAUUGAUCGGUUACUCCACAAUGGCGUCGUUUUCACCCAUUCCUCACCAGCUUGGUCGGAAAAUCAUCCAUGUUUAUUGCACUGCACUGUCGUCUAUAGGCUCAACAGGGACAAUACUCUAGAUGUUGGUUAUUAUGCAACAACCUCAAUGCCAUUCAUGAUCAAUUUAACAAAUCACACGUAUUUCAAUUUAGCCGGUCAUAAUAAGGGUCGUCGUGCACUUCUUAAUCAUGGCGUUACGAUAAAUAGUAGUUUAGUACUUGAUACGAAGGGAGAGUAUAAAUUGCCCACCGGCUAUUUCAUACCAGUACAAGACACAUUUUUCGACUUUCGUGAAGGAGCUUGUCUACGAGAUCGUUUUGGAUAUUUAGGAGGAUUCGAUAAAUACUGGGUCAUAGAUCGUGGUAUACUCAAGCAGAAUAUGGUGAUUCCAGUGGCCACAAUCACGCACAAACCAAGUGGCCGCAUGUUAAGGGUUUACUCCAAUCAACCAACCGUACACUUUUACACCGCCAAUGAUUUGCCCGCUGAUAACGAAGCGACCGGGUCGGAGGCUAUAAUAGGCAGAAGAGGUGUAAAGUUCCACCCACAAUCUUUCAUGUGUAUUAUGCCCCAAGGAUAUCCGGAUGCACCAAAUCACAGCCACUUUCCAUCGAUCGAAAUACCAGCUUUUGAUACUUACCGUCACCGAACUUUAUACGAAUUCUCCAAUUUAAAGAAUCCAGCACCGCCUCGAAUAAUCGAAGACAUGCCUCCUUAUGAUUACCUUAUAGAUCCAGAUAGAUUGUAUUCAAGAUUUUAUAAUCCAGAGGACGAUUUUUAUUAUUUAUUGCGAGUUAUAGACAGAGGAGGGCAUAUUCCGUCUUCUAUUACAGAGCAAAUGGCAAUUAAUAUAAGAGCAAUAAGAAAAACAGCAGGUAGACCAUUAUCGAGCACAACGAGCCAACAAACAUUGCCAACUCACAAACCUAUUCCAGCGAAUAGUAAAGCAGCAAUCGAUGCAAGGAAAAGGCAAGAAGAAAAGCAUCCCAAUACAUUUAAAUUUGAUAGAAUGGAAGUUGUUGUUGAAGAAGGUCCUCCAACAGAGAUGGCACCUGCAAUACCCAGAACGCAAGGGGCAAUUAAACGAACACUAACUUAUGUGCCAGGUCCCCCAGAUGAAAUGGCGCCAAAACCACCAAUAGCCGUACUUUCACCACCAAGACCACCAAAACCUAAUGAACAGAAACUGGUGGAAAUAAACGAAACAAACAUGCCUCCACCAAGGCCACCAAAGAGUAAAGAGCAUACACCGGUACGCGAAAUAAUAGAAGUAAGCGAAACAAUGGAAACAGAAGAAGUUCCAACAACAAGCAAAAGUCCAAGAGAGCUCACUGCAGAAGUGACUCCACCAAGACCACCGAAAAGUGAUUGGAUUAGAGCGCUGUCGGAACCGAAAAAUAAUCUCGAAGUACAUGCCACGUGUUCACCAGAAUGUUCAACAACAAUAAACGAGAAUAUGGGUGCUAUACCAAGAUACACUGGAACAAUUCCCAAAACUAGUAGAGAAAGGAGUUCAAAUUCAGAUUAUGACACAGUCUACCCACGAAUCAAGUUAGGUGGAACAAGAGAAUCAGAAGAGACUCUAUCAUCACGUCUGGGUGCAAUGAAAAUCUCAAAGAAUUUUCCAGAAGAAGGAGAAAAAUCAAAAAUCCCGAGAUAUAGACCGAUAUCUGCACCGCAACAACCAAUGGAAACAGCACUAAUACCGAGCUUGUUGUCAGUGUGUACAACAAUGGAAGACGAGUUUCCAGUAGCGAGUGGAGAGGCAAUACGACCAACAAGUAGGGUCGAGGUUCCAAUAACGAACCAGCAAGAAGCAGCGUUAACGAAUGAGCCUGAUGACUUUUCAAGUAUAACUGAUUCAUCGAUAUCAAUCUCUCCAUCGACAAGUACUUCUCAAUCACUUUCGUACCUGAAAAGCAUGGUAACUUCGCCAACCAGUCCAAAUAGCUCAGAUAAUCAGGAUGAUAAUAAACUUAAUGACCCAAGUUGUACCGACAGUUCAGAUGCGAUCAUAAGGACUGAUACCAGAAUGAGUCCUAAAAGUAAAUCAAACUCGCCAAAGUCACCAAAAUCGCCCGUAACACCAAUAACGCCAAUAACGCCAAUAACGCCAAUAACACCAAUAACGCCAAUAACGCCAAUAACGCCAAAUACGCCAAUAACACCAAUAACGCCAAAAUCGUCAAAAUCAUCAAAUUCGCCAAAAACGUCAAAAACGCAAAUAACGCCAAAGUCGUCAAAAUCAUCAAAUUCGGCAAAAACGCAAAAGUCUCCAAAAUCGAAAUCAAGUCCGCCAUAUACUAGAGUCAUAGAGCCCAGCCCAACUGACAGUUCAGAUCACAUGGUACGAACUAAUAUUAAAAUCAGUCCAAAAAAGAAGGAAAAGAGUCCAAUUAAAAUAUUUAAUCCGGUCGCAUUUGCAACUAAAGCGGUUUCAAAGCUAAAAAGAACUGCAAAAGAAAAAACGGGCAUGCCUUACCAUAAACUCCCAGGUAUGAAUAUUAGUGAGAGUACACUUCGGCUCCUCGAAAGUGAUCCGACAACGACCGAACCAGAAGAUUCAGCAACAGAAGACCAUGGAAAUGAAUCGGAAGAUAGUCCUCAAACGUAUGAAGACGAAAUUUGAGUAGCUUUAGCACAAAGCAAUUGAUUUUUUCCUAUUUUUAAUAUGUACCCUCACUACCUAGCACACCUUUUUGAGUUCAAAUGUUCGAUUUUUGUAUUUCACGAUAGGAAAUUUUCGUCUCGUUGAUGUAGCUGUUAAACAUUCGUGAAUUGAGUAAUUUUAUUUGACAUACUUAUUAUGAUCAGCUUUCGUGUGAAAGUUGAAUUCAGGAGAACGUUCGUGCAAUUAAUGUGUCUUGCGUAUUAAAAAAAAAAUGCUUAAAUCUUA